CGCUGCGGCAGGCAACGAGCGAGAGAUGCCCGGAAAGGAGGGCAAGGAUGAAAGACGGAACUGAGAGUGAAGGGAAGCCCACUAGACGAGAGGGCGAGGAGGCAGCGGAGGAUGGGGAGCAGCGCGCCGCGUGGCAUGAGCGCGCUCGAACUCGUGGGGAUGCCGAGCCACGGCCGUUCCUGCCGCGUCCCGAACACGCGGGGGCCGUGCGCUGGCUCGCGCGGGCGCCUUAUAGCGUCGUCACUCUCUCCGUAGAGUGGGUUGGCCGCGUGCUCGCCCGUGCCGCUCCGCCGCGUUCCUCGGGCACUCCGCGCCUCCAGCAUCUUCCCAAUCGUCAUCCUUGCUCACUCCGGUGGACCACUCGGCCCUCUCUCCUUCCAUGCCGCGCCGUGAUCACGUGGCGUGACACCCGGCGUCGCCUCCACGCUUGAUUUAUUUCAUGCCUGCGCCUGCGGUGCGCCUGUCGCGUGACGCGACCAGGCGCAUGACACCGCCGAACCCGCUGUCGUCGGCGCAUCGCGUCCUGGCGCUGCUCCUGCUGCUGACAGUGCCGGUUUCUCUGGGACAGAGAAGACAUGGAACUGUUGGCGAUUUGGACAAGUUGGACAAACUUCUGAGUAAAUAUGACAGAAGGGCACUGCCAACGGGACACAUGAGUGGGCCAACUCAAGUCGCUUGCGAAAUCUACAUCAGGAGCUUCGGCUCCAUCAAUCCGGCAACAAUGGAUUACGAAGUAGACCUCUACCUGCGACAGCGGUGGCAUGACGACCGCUUUGAGAUGAGCGGUAUCAGCGGACCCCUCGACUUGAACGAUCCCAAACUGGUGCAACGUAUAUGGAAGCCCGAAGUCUUUUUUGCCAACGCAAAGCAUGCCGAGUUCCAGUACGUCACGGUGCCCAACGUCCUAGUACGCAUCAGCCCUACGGGGGAUAUUCUCUACAUGCUCAGGUUGAAGCUGACUUUUUCUUGUAUGAUGGACCUUUACCGGUACCCCCUGGACGCUCAAGUUUGCACCAUUGAACUCGCAUCGUUCUCGAAGACGACGGACGAGCUACAGCUGCAUUGGUCUAAGGCAUCUCCUGUCAUCCUCUACGAAAACAUGAAGCUCCCACAAUUUGAAAUUCAAAACGUGAACACGUCCCUGUGCAAUGAGACAUUCCACAUUGGAGAGUACAGCUGCCUGAAAGCCGAAUUCAACCUACAGCGUUCCAUUGGCUAUCACCUCGUCCAAUCGUAUCUGCCCACCAUCUUGAUCGUGGUCAUCUCUUGGGUCUCAUUCUGGCUCGACGUGGAAGCGAUUCCAGCCCGAAUCACAUUGGGAGUCACCACACUUCUUACCAUCUCAUCCAAGGGUGCCGGCAUACAAGGAAACCUGCCGCCCGUCUCGUACGUCAAGGCUAUCGACGUCUGGAUGGGCGCCUGCACCAUGUUCGUGUUUGCCGCACUGCUUGAGUUCACCUUUGUUAACUACCUGUGGAGGAAGCGGCCCGCUAAUUCCAAGUCAUCACCUCCGGUGGUCGCAGCCGUGCCCGAGAGCAAAGUUGCUGUGCUGCUCCCGGGAAAAGCAUGUAACGGGAACUUGGUGCCCUGCAACCCCAUCUCUGGCGCUACAGACAUGAGCCCUUCACCCACGGAUCCUGAAGGUGUCAGAAACAGACACAAGGUUCAGGCCAAAAGAAUCGACCAGACGUGCAGGAUAGCAUUUCCCAUGGCUUUCCUAGCGUUCAGCGUCGUAUACUGGCCAUAUUAUCUUUUCUGAGCACGGUACUCCGAGCUAAUGUCAGGCACGGAGAGGCGGGUAUUACGGUGUCGGGGAGAGUGCUCGUGGCUUUCACAAUCCCGUUGGUUCUUUGUAAGAACACCUUUUUUUUUGCCCAGACGCUCACUGCACCACGUUGUGCACCUCCCGACUGUUUUGUUUCGGCACUUGUACUGUGUUUCCAUGUGCAUUUUGACUGAAAAUCACUCGAACCGUUCACUCUGUAUAUGUCCUAAAGUGAAUUUUCCUCUUCGCCAUCCUCUUGAGGGCACCUAUGGUUAGUAAUCCAACAUGUAGAAGAGCUUAUUGAUAAGUUAAGCAACGCUAUUUUUGUGCUUUAAGAGGACCUCAUCACAUUCUGGUAGAGAAUUACAAACUUCAACAUUGAAGUAGUGUUUACAAGGCGGACAAACAUGUUGCUAGAAGCAGACUUUGCAGGACGAAAGAUGGAAUGAUUAUAGUUUAUUAUGAUGCUGUUAAUGCUUUGUUGUGGUAGUAUAAACAACGCUUGAAAUAUUCCGUCAAGGACUAAAGCCGGAGAGAAAUGGAGAGGUGCGAAUUACUGUUUCGUUUAGUCAUCGCUUCCCUACAUUAAUUUGCGCUCCAGAGUUCCUGAGAUGAGCGCAUUAGUGUGCAAAGAAAGGUAACCUUACGCAUAUUGACAAAAUGAUUUCGGCAUACACAUCGCAAGGGAAACGGGUGUCGCCUCCCGUCUCAGCAAGACGAUGAAAUGCGUGGGCUGCAACCUGUCUCUUGGUCCGGCAUUAUUAAAGGUGGCGUAUGUUUUAAUAACCUGCAUCCUCUUCCUACGUAACAUCUUCUGGUAGAUGCACUGGGUACAUGCUACCAAUCCUAGACCUAACACCGCCUUCAAGCCUAGCACGAAGUAUGAGUGUGUGGACUCCCAUUCAGGUGUAGACGAGCCGUUGACUUCCAGGACUCCGACCUAAGUACGCGCCUGUAUCAAGCCACGUCAGAAAGAUGAGCACGUCCGCCCUUCCUUGCGCAACCAUGCCGACCAAGUUCGUCAUUUUAAGCAGCCCUGAAUUCCGAAACUCUUCCAUGGUGGCGCUUUUCUGGAUGCGUAAGACUUGCCUAAUCAUUUCAAGGGUGUUGCUACCUACAAUUUUACGUAUACUUCACCCUUGAGAACUUGCCGCGGACAUACUUUCCGUACAAUGAGGCUGAGUUAUUAUUGUGGGAGGAAUUGCGCAGGCUGCUGAUAACCAUCUACGCAACGCUGGAUGGUAGGUUGGUAUGUGCUGUAGGAGACUCUACUGUAGAAGGGUGGAGUCUGCAAGUCAGGCGAGGAUACACCGGCUGAACGAAAGCGUAGACAUGUUUGCGGAAGACACGACCCAACCCUUGCGACACGCGGAUACAUCUAUGUCGGAAACAAAAA